CUCAAAGGUCGUUUUCUACACGUGACCGAUAUUCACCCUGACCCUCACUAUAAUCCCGGAUCCAAAGUCAGCGAUGGAUGUCACAAGAAGCAAAAGCACAAGGGCAAGAGCACAAAAGAACAAUUAGCAGGAGAUUGGGGAACUCCCGUCACGGAAUGUGAUUCACCAAUGUCACUCGUGAAGAUGACCUUUGAAUGGUUGAAGAAGGAAUGGGCGGAUGAAGUUGAUUUUGUGGUUUGGACUGGGGAUAAUGCCAGACAUGAUAUAGAUCGUGAUAUCCCACGAAGACCCGAUGAGAUCUACGAGCUUAAUCGUCUCAUGGUCGACCUCAUGAGAGAUGCUUUUCCUCCUCAUGUACAUAUCGUACCUAGUAUAGGUAACAAUGAUAUCUAUCCUCAUAAUGUGCUAGCUGCUGGACCUAGUUCGAUAAGUUCGGAGUAUGGCAGGUAUGUCCUUUACCCUUCAAACUUGCUGCUGACAGAACAUAGGAUAUGGAAACCCUUCAUUCCCUCCGACUAUCGUCAUGUCUUCGAACGUGGUAUGUACUUCAGUGCAGAGGUUAUUCCAGACCAACUUGCUGUCAUAUCUCUCAACACGUUAUUCUGGUACGACUCAAACACUCCUUACAGCACAGUUGUUGACGGGUGCGUGGAUCGAAGCUCCGACCCAGGUGCUUUGGAAAUGGACUGGUUGGAGGUACAACUGGAAGAACUCCGAGAUAGGGAGAUGCAAGUUUGGUUGACCGGACACGUUCCACCUCAUGCGGGAAACUAUUUUGAAACUUGUUACCUUCGAUAUGGAGAUCUGGCAUUACGAUAUCAAGAUACUAUCGUCGGACAUCUCUUUGGACACAUGAAUGUCGAUCAUUUCUUCUUUUUAGACGUUAUAGAGCUUGAAGACGGUGCGUUUGGAACCUUUGGCAGGUCCGCCAACAAUGGUCUGAGAGAUGAAUUGAAGAAAGAUUUUGGGGAAAUGCCUGGUCCUCAAGCUAUCAAGUUGAAGGACUAUGUCGUGGUCAACGUAGGCGCCAGCGUCAUUCCCACUUAUCUCCCAGGAGUUAGAGUGUACAGUUACAACAUAUCCGGUCUCGAUGACGAAAUCACAAUUGCCAAGAAGCGAAAACACGGUCAUCGUCAUGAUAAACCCAAAGACGACUGUUCACUUCCUGAACAUCAAGAUAAGCCUCAUUGUACAUUCAAACAUAAACCGAGAUAUUACAACAAGACCUCUCCAUCACGUUCGAAUCGUCCUCUUACCCCUCUUGGCUAUACUCAAUUUUAUCUGCCUGACAUGGAUCAGAAUAAGAAUCAUCAACCGGAAUGGAAAAUCGAGUAUACGACACAUAGAGUGGAACAUCUCAUCCCAUCAAAUACCAGUAUGAAUUUGCAGCUGCAACCUCCACCUAUCCCAUUACAUCUCUUACCGGAAAGUUUUGAGAAAGCAUUGAAGAAGAUCACACCGUGGAAAAUGAAAGAUCUGACAAUUGGGAGUUAUGUCAAGCUGGCCAGGAAAUUAAUAGCGGAUAAGAAGAUGUGGAAGCAGUUUCAGAAUUUCAUGUGA